UCCACGUGUCGAAGUAGGUGGAGUCGACAAGGAGCAGAACUAGAAAUGAGUGGCCAACCAACAUUAGCUUUUGACGAGUUUGGUCGUCCAUUUAUAAUCAUAAAGGACCAAAGCACCAAGAAGAGGCUCCAUGGAAUACAGGCUCACAAGUCCCAUAUCCUGGCUGGAAGAACUCUUGCUAAUAUAUUAAGAACUUCACUGGGACCCAAAGGCAUGGAUAAGAUGCUGGUUGGUCCUGAUGGUGAUGUCACCAUUACUAAUGAUGGAGCCACCAUUCUUCAGCAAAUGGACGUAGAGCACCAGAUAGCUAAACUCUUAGUUGAACUAUCAAAGAGUCAGGAUGAUGAGAUUGGUGAUGGUACUACAUCAGUUGUUGUAUUAGCAGGUGCUCUAUUAGAGCAAGCUGAGCAGUUAUUGGAUCGUGGUAUCCAUCCAAUCAGGAUUGCUGAUGGAUAUGAAAUGGCGGCACACAUUGCCUUGAAGCGUUUGGAUGAAAUCAGUGACGUUUUUCCAGCUGGUCAGGAAGACAGGGAACCUCUCAUACGCACUGCCAUGACAACACUUGGGUCUAAAAUCAUCAAUAAGUGUCAGAGAAAGAUGGCCGAGAUUGCAGUAGAGGCCGUCAUGUCUGUUGCUGACAUGGAGAGGAAGGAUGUUGACUUUGAGCUCAUUAAAGUUACCGGGAAAGUUGGUGGGAAACUUGAGGACACAAUGCUAGUAAAGGGAGUGAUAGUGGACAAGGACAUGAGUCACCCACAGAUGCCCAAAAGCAUUACAGAUGCUAAGAUUGCUAUAUUGACGUGUCCAUUUGAACCGCCAAAGCCAAAGACUAAAUACGGCCUUCAUGUGUCUUCAGUUGAGGACUACAGAAAACUGAGGGAGUACGAGAAAGAGAAAUUCACCGAAAUGAUCAAACAAGUUAAAGAUGCCGGAGCUAAUCUUGCCAUAUGCCAGUGGGGCUUUGAUGAUGAAGCCAACCACUUGCUACUUAGUAACAAUCUACCAGCUGUCAGAUGGGUGGGAGGACCUGAGAUAGAAUUGAUUGCAAUAGCAACUGGUGGUCGUAUUGUUCCAAGGUUUUCUGAGCUCUCUCCCGAGAAGCUGGGAACUGCUGGUGUAGUCCGAGAGCUUUCAUUUGGUACUACUAAAGACCACAUGUUAGUGAUUGAGGAGUGCAAGAACUCUAGAGCUGUCACCAUCUUUAUUAGAGGAGGAAACAAAAUGAUCAUUGAAGAGGCUAAGAGAAGUCUCCACGAUGCUUUGUGCGUUAUAAGGAACCUGGUCCGUGACAGUAGGAUAGUCUAUGGAGGAGGAGCUGCCGAUAUUGCAUGCUCUCUUGCUGUUGCUGCCGAAGCUGAUAAAAUAUCCACUCUUGAGCAAUACGCAAUGAGAGCUUUUGCUGAUGCACUUGAGUCCAUUCCUCUUGCACUGGCAGAGAACUCUGGCAUGAAUCCGAUAGAAACUGUCGCUAAAGUGAAAUCAGAACAGGCGAGAGCGGAGAACCCGAGACUGGGGAUUGACUGUAUGGGGAAAGGAACCAACGAUAUGCGUGAGCAGAAUGUGAUUGAGACUCUCAUUGGAAAGAAGCAGCAGAUAUGCCUUGCCACACAGCUGGUGAAGAUGAUACUCAAAAUUGACGACAUACGAUCCCAGGGGGGAGACGAUAUGGACUAUUAGAAAUUCACACAUAUUCUACGAUACACGCAUGAUCCUUAAUUAAUGGAAUGUCAAAAAUAAUAAUUAAUCAUAAAUAGAAUUGUCAUGGGAUUUUAAUUGACGAUCAAAACCCCCAAAUGUA